CAACAGGCGUCAGACUGGAGAUGGUGCAGCCUCGGGCUGGGGAGCGGGCCUGCGGCUGCCCAGCUGCUAAAGGACUUCCUCCUCGUGCACCGCGGCCGGCUCCUGGGCAAACCCCAUGCCGUUUCGAAAUGCUGGAAGUUUCUGUCUCUCUCUCCCCCUCCUCGGAGCCCAUUCGCCCCCAGAGCCCCACCCCCUCCUUCACUGGGCCCUUUCUAACUCCUUCCCCUUAAAACCCUUUUCAAAAGGGGGUUGACGGGGGGCGGAGGUUGCAGUGAGCCGAGAUCGCGCCACAGCCCUCCAGCCUGGUGACUCCGUCUCAAAAAAAAAAAUGGGGGGGGGGAGCGGGGGGGAGUUGAAAGCCUAAUAUGUAUUUUGGGGGCUAUUAAAGCAAACAUUUCGACUAAAGGGGCGAAUCCUCGAAUUGUGCGAUCAAGCACCCAAGAGGAGAGUGAGGUGGGGUCAAGAGGGGUGGGGGCUCCAGGGAACGCCCGGGGGCCUGGGCCGAGGUCUUGCGGGGCCCUUCUGGAAGGAUCGCGGCCCCCGAAGGUGGGCGUCCCGCGGGGCUCCAGUCUCCAGGACGUUCCGGGAGGCUCCGCGCUCCAGUAGGCCGGCUGCGUGGGGUCCCAGCGCUGCCGCCGCAGAGGCCCCCCGGGCCGCGGUUCCCGGAGCGGGAAAGUCCCGCGUGGGGGCGGGACGGGGCGGGGGCGGGGCGGGGCGCUGGCGGCCGAGCAGGGUCCCCUCCGCCUGGACGCCCCGCCGCCGCUCGGGAAGAGGCGGGCCCUGCGCGCCCUGCGCUCGCCAUGGCGGUCCCGGCGGCGACGUGAGCGGCUCCGCGGACCCCAAGCGGGGCCCCGGCCGCGACCUGAGCCGCCGCCGAGCGCCCGGGGCCAUGCGACCGACGCGGCUGUGGCCGCUGCUGCUCGGAGUCUUCGCCGCCGCCGCCGCCGCGCCCCCGUCAGACCCUCUUUCCCAGCUGCCCACGCCUCAGCACCCGAAGAUUCGCCUGUACAACGCAGAGCAGGUCCUGAGUUGGGAGCCGGUGGCCCUGAGCAAUAGCACAAGGCCUGUUGUCUACCGAGUGCAGUUUAAAUACACCGAUAGUGAAUGGUUCAUGACCGACAUCAUGUCCAUAGGGGUGAAUUGUACACAGAUCACAGCAACAGAGUGUGACUUCACUGCCGCCAGCCCCUCAGCAGGCUUCCCAAUGGAUUUCAAUGUCACUCUGCGUCUUCGAGCUGAGCUGGGAGCACUGCAUUCUGCCUGGGUGACAAUGCCUUGGUUUCAACACUAUCGGAAUGUGACUGUCGGGCCUCCAGAAAACAUUGAGGUGACCCCAGGAGAAGGCUCCCUCAUCAUCAGGUUCUCCUCUCCCUUUGACAUCGCUGAUGCCUCCACAGCCUUUUUUUGGUAUUAUGUCCGUUACUGGGAAAAAGGAGGACUCCAGCAGGUCAAAGGCCCUUUCAGAAGCAACUCCAUUUCAUUGGAUAACUUAAAACCCUUCAGAGUGUACUGUUUACAAGUCCAGGCACAACUGCUUUGGAACAAAAGUAACAUCUUUAGACUGGGGCAUUUAAGCAACACAUCUUGCUACGAAACGAUGGCAGAUGCCUCCACCGAGCUUCAGCAAGUCAUCCUGAUCUCCGUGGGAACAUUUUCGUUGCUGUCGGUGCUGGCAGGGGCCUGUUUCUUCCUGGUCCUGAAAUACAGAGGCCUGAUUAAAUACUGGUUUCACACUCCACCAAGCAUUCCGUUACAGAUAGAAGAGUAUUUAAAGGACCCAACCCAGCCCAUCUUAGAGGUCUUGGACAAGGACAGCUCACCAAAGGAUGAUGUCUGGGACUCUGUGUCCAUCAUUUCCUUUCCAGAAAAGGAGCAAGAAGAUGUUCUCCAAACACUUUGAACCAAAGCAUGGGUCUAGCCCACUGGCCCCCUGGAAGAGAUCGUCGAACCAGUGGAGCUGCUGGAGUUCUGUCUGGACUUCCCAGAGACCAGUAUUCCCUUUUCCUGCCUCUAAAAGGCCUGUCCCUGCCUUGUGAGAGACAGUGGGUCUCAUGGGGGUGACAAGCUUUUUUUUUUUUUUCUUGAAGAAUUUUCAAAAUGAAACAAGUUUUUAGAAUGAUUCUAUGGAGAUAUCCCAGGAAAAUUAAGGCUUCUCUUAAACACUAAAAAGUCAUGUAAUUGCUUGUUAGCAAAAUGGAUAUGACACAUCUCUGAUACUUUUUUCAUUGUUUGGGCUGAGCAGUCAGAAGACGUGGUCGUCUUCUCAACUUCAGCAAAUGAGCCGGAGCCCCUCGGGCAGGUCACACAACCUGUCCCAGCCUGUCCCAGUGAAGGACACUGAGUGGCCCUUCAUGUACUUCCAUGGUGUGCUGGCUUAAAAUGUAAUUAAUCCUGUAAAUAUACUCCUAGUAAUUUAAGAUUUUGUUUUUAAACUAGAAAUAAAAGACUGUAUAGCACAUGUUUUUUUUUAA